ACUGCUCGUUUCACGUACCUGUCGCAAUGAGAUGACGCGGAAUGUGUAGUUAUUUGUAUUGUUUUGAUUAGUACAAUUCCAUUUCAUAAAGAUUGUUCUGAAGUCCUCAGUUUCCGUCAAACUACAGUUCACCACCGUGUGAAAGUGAGGUCAGAGGUCAUGGAAGAGCAGAGUGCUUCGCCUGGGGCAAACACAGAUAACAGCAGCCAGAGAAAUGGAGAGGAGAAGCCACGCAGAGCAAGCUGGACCAAAGGGAGGAAGAGGAAGAAGCCGAUGAAGGACAGCAACGCUCCAAAAGCCCCACUAACGGGUUACGUGCGGUUUAUGAACGACCGGCGUGAGCAGCUGAGGGCCGAAAGACCCGACGUCCCCUUCCCCGAGAUUACCAGGAUGCUCGGCAACGAGUGGAGCAAGCUGCCUGCCGAUGAGAAGCAGAGGUAUUUGGAUGAAGCAGAGAAGGAUAAGGAGCGCUAUAUGAAAGAGCUGGAGAAGUAUCAACAGACUGAGGCCUAUAAGCAUUUCACCAGGAAGGUGCAGGAGAAGCAGAAGGGGAAGAGGCUGCGAGGAGAUGUGGGCCGGCAGUCUGCCAGGGAAGCUCUCCACGAGAAUGAUGGCGGUUUGAAGGAUCGCUCUGUGUUUGAUAUUCCCAUCUUCACUGAGGAGUUCCUUAACCAUAGCAAAGCGCGCGAGGCAGAGUUGCGGCAGCUGCGGAAGACCAACAUGGAGUAUGAGGAGCGGAAUGCGGCUCUGCAGAAGCAUGUGGAGAGCAUGCGCGGUGCUGUGGAGCGCCUGGAGGGAGAUGUGCUGCAGGAGCGCACACGCAACAGCCUGCUGCAGCAGCACCUGGAUACACUCCGCUCAGCACUCACACACAGCUUCUCCAACGUGCCCCUGCCUGGGAGUGGAGAGACUGCCAGUUUAGACUCCAUCGAUUCCUAUAUGAAGAAGCUCCAUGGCGUUGUGGUGUCCAGCCCUCAGGAGCACGAGCACCUUAUUAGUUUGGUGCGAGAGGUAGUCAGCCGCCUCGACAGGUAAUUGGAGGGCUCUGAUUGCAGGGCUAUGGGAUCUGAGAUUCCCUGAGCUCCGUUUUAUUCAUGGCACGCAUCCCCCCCCCCACCCCCCUUUUUUAAGACUUCUUUUACUACACACAAUUAUUCAAAUGUUGAUUAUUUAUUUUUUUCUACAGUACUAUUUUUUACCUGUUUGUUUACUUCAUUAGUUUAGCAAUUUAUUGUUUACAUACAAACAUUUUCCAUGCCUGGCUUUCAUUUAUUUAUCUAGCUGAUAUAAAAUGUGCUUUAAAAAAUCCUCA